CAAGAGGUGAAUUUCCACGGAAAAAUAGUUGCUCGGAAAAUAUGUGAAGAUUCGGAAAAGUGAAGAGUUCUUGUCAGUACUUACGAUAAUUAGGUGUCAAAUUGCGUGCAAGAGCAAGCGGAACAUGAAAAUAUAGUGCAAUCGUCGAGAGUUUCGUGUUUUACUGCUUCUGAAGUGUUCAGAAAAAAUUGAAAGAAAAAAAAAAGUUAAAAUUAACGAAAAAAAAAUGAGUGCAAAAACAUUCCUCAAGUUACUUCUAAAUGUCAGCGAAAAGGCAGCAAAUAUCGCGCGAAUUAUUCGCAAAGACCCGAAUCUCCUGCAACUGCUAACGGAGGAAAAAACAGAAGAAGAAGGCAAUCCUCGUUUCGCGCACGACUUCAAAACUCUCGCUGACGUCUUAAUUCAGGAGAUGAUUCGCAAGGAAGUCGGUGACGCAUUUCCCACCCUCCGUGGCAGCAUCAAAGGCGAAGAAGAUUCAACUCUAACGAAUGCCUCGGGCGAAAAAAUCACCGUGCAAGUGUUUGACGACGUCGAAAGUACGCGACUUUGCCUCGAGCAGGUGAUGGGAAGUAGUGCAGCUGCCGCCGUUCUCGCUGACGAGGUCCAUCGAACGGAUGUCGAUGCGAAUCCGGAUGCGGAGGACAUCGAGGCACUCGCCAAUGUCGACUUGGAUCUCGAUAACUUGGGUAUGUGGGUCGAUCCGAUCGACGGAACUGUCGAAUAUGUCAAGGCGGUGCACAAGGAUAGUCGAUUCGAUAAUAUUCCAUCGAACGGAUUGAAAUGUGUGACGAUUCUGAUUGGGGUUUAUGACACAACGACAGGCAUUCCUGUGAUGGGAGUCGUAAAUCAGCCCUUUAAUGAGCUCCUGGAUGACGGCACGUUCAAAGGAAAGCAUUUUUGGGGCGUCUCGAUGGGAGAUGUGAACGUCACGAAUGUCGGGGCGAUCGAAAAUUCGCGUACGAAUAAAAUUGCCGUCUUAUCAUCGUCGGAACAAACGAAAUUCACAAAGUUUCUGAAGCAACGCUUAAAGUACGACAUCGUCUACAGCUCCGGCGCCGGUCACAAAAUCCUCAAACUGAUAACGCGCGACGCUGAUUUGAACCUUUUGUCGCGAAAUACGACUUUUAAGUACGAUACGUGUGCGCCGCAAGCGAUUCUCAUGGCGAUGGGCGGCAACAUCCUCGAUCUCAAUAGUACAAUUUUCGCCGGCAAGCCCGUGCCCCUCAGCUACGGCAACAGCGAGCCAAAUUGCAACAUCAACGGCAUCCUCGCCUACAGGGAACUCGAUACAAUCAAUUCAAUUAUCUCCCUUUUUAGCAAGUAAACAUUCCACACACACACACACACAGGAUCAACAUGCCAAGCGAAAAAAAAACACUUUUUCCGAAAAUAAAAUGGAUCAUACAUCACAUCAGUUGUCAAGCGAGGCGCGAACAAGUUGUUUCGUUUCGGUCACGCUAUCGCUAAAUUAUUUACUUUUCCACUCUCGCAAUCGAUUGUCCUCGAACCGGAAAGUAACCAGACGUCUCCAUUUGCAAGCAACGUGACUACUUGACAAGAAAAGUAGCAAUAAUUACCCACAUUAAGCCAUAUCUAGCCCGUAAAAAAAAAAUCGAGAAAAUUAUUACCAAUAGCCAAAAACGUACAUGAAUAAUUUAAUGGCGAAAUCAGUGUUUUCACGUAAGUAAUCAAGAGAAAAAAAUCAGUAGAUGCACACCAACUACCACAAUCAGCAACAGAGUCGUAAAUUAUAGAGAAAAUGUGUGAUUGAUGUGACAAAGCAAACAAUAUGUUUAAAGAAUAUUUGUGUUAUAUUAAUAUAUAAUUGUAUCAAGAUUGUCGGUAAUGAGCAUCAAGGGUGUUCACAAUAUGUCUUCUUUUACGUUUUUUUUUUGUUUCUCUGUUUUAGGCAACUUUUUUA